AUGAGCGGGUUUAAUUUUGGAGGCACUGGGGCCCCCACAGGCGGGUUCACGUUUGGCACCGCAAAGACGGCAACAACCACGCCUGCUACCGGCUUCUCUUUCUCUACGUCUGGCACUGGCGGGUUUAACUUUGGGACUCCCUCCCAGCCAGCUGCAAGCACCCCUUCUACUGGCCUGUUCUCGCUCACCACCCAAGCUCCAGCGACACAGACCCCAGGGUUCAGUUUUGGAACCACAACUCCUGCUACGGGAGGAACGGGAUUCUCCUUAGGGAUCAGCGCUCCGAAGCUAAACCUGAGCAAUGCAGCCGCCACCCCAGCCACUGCUCACCCUGGCGGCUUUGGGCUUGGCAGUAGCACCCUCACCAACGCCAUCUCGAGCACUGUCACCUCCAGCCAGAGCACAGCACCCGCUGGCUUUGUGUUCGGCUCCACCACCACCUCUGCCGCUCCGUCCACCACACCGGGGGGAUUCUCGUUCACAGGCGGAAGCACGUCCCAGAGCGGGACCUCCGGUUUCAAUAUUGGCUCCGUGGGGAGUUUGGCCCAGCCCACGGCACUGGGCGGACUGCCCUUCACUCCCGCCACGCCGGCAACCACUGGAGCAGGAGCCACUCAGCCAGCUGCUCCUGCACCCGCCGCGGCCACCACCAGUGCCGGGCCCACGCUGUUCGCCUCGCUAGCGACCACUCCAGCCUCCUCCACCACCACCGGGCUUUCCCUUUGUACCCCGUCGACCACACUGAAGCGCAUGGCCCAAGACCUCAAGGACAUCAUCGAGCACCUGAACACGUCUGGAGGUCCCGCCGACACCAGCGACCCCCUGCAGCAGAUCUGCAAGAUCCUCAACGCGCACAUGGACUCGCUGCAGUGGAUCGACCAGAACUCGGCCCUGCUGCAGAGGAAGGUGGAGGAGGUGACCAAGGUGUGCGAGGGGCGUCGCAAAGAGCAGGAGCGCAGCUUCCGGAUCACGUUCGACUGA